UUUAGUUUUGAGGGAAACUCAAAGUCUUAAGAUUCAUUUGCAAAGCUAUCAGAAAGUCACAAAAAGAUAAAUAGAAUGGUAGCUGGCAAAAAGGUAGCAAAAGAAAGUGUCCUUCCAUCAGUGUAUGAAGAUGGAGAUGAAGGUGGACAGGAGGAGGAUUUGGGAGGAAUCGCAAGCAGGCCCGUCAGCAGACCGAGGAGUCUCUACAGCAGAGGAAGUGUGGAUGGUCAAAGGGUCUCCAGAUCCUCCAGUCUGCAAUACAGCAUCAGCUCAGGCCAUCAGGAUGAAGAGCGGACUACUGAAGAUGAAGAUAAAGAUGAAGAUAAAGGUGGAGGAGAGCAGCAGCAGGCAGAUGAGGAGGAUCUCGCCUCAGACCUGGAGCUGGACACAUUUCACAAUAAAAAGCAAGCAUAUGACCACACAGGCCAGUCUCGCUACAGAGAGGCUUGUAAGAUGCUGAAUGUAAUUCCAGUCUCCUGCUUCCUGCGAAAUAUCAACCAGAGCGAAGUCAACAUGAUGCACCGUGGGCUUGGUGCACAGGGCACCAAAGCUCUGGCGAUUUCUUUAGUGACCAACACCUCCAUCCUGAAGCUGAAUCUGCGAGACAACUGGAUGGAGGGAGCAGGAGCAGCUGCCAUUGCUGACAUGCUAAAAGAGAAUUGCUACAUCACAGAAAUUGAUUUGUCAGAAAACCGGAUGGGUGAAUACGGAGCCAGGGCUUUGUCCAGCAUGCUGUUGGAAAACGGCACCUUAUUCUCUGUCAACCUCUCCGGAAACCAUCUGGAUGAGCGAGCGGCCAAACACCUGUCUCCAGCUCUGAUGGCCAACCAGAAACUGCAGCACCUCGACCUGAGUCACAACACACUUACAGAUACAGCAGGGGAAAUCCUGGGUGCUGCUAUUGCCGAAAACACAGGACUGAAGGCACUCAAUCUGGCUUGGAACUGCAUUCGAGGAAAAGGAGCCAUUGCAUUUGCUAAAGGCCUGGAGGGAAAUAUCUUCUUACGGAGCGUGGAUUUAUCAUACAAUGGACUGGGCAAAGACGGAGCUGUAGCUUUAGAGGAAGCUCUCAAACAGAACAAUACACUGGAGGAUCUGAACAUCAGCAAUAAUCGCAUACCGUUUGAAGGAGCCAUCCAUUUAGCGCUAGGCCUCAAAGUGAACACAACUCUACGAAUUCUCAAAAUGUCUAGGAAUCCAAUCCAGUCAGCCGGAUGCUUCGCUAUUCUGAAAUCCGUUCAAGCUAACCCAGAAUCUGCAGCUGAGCUCUUAGACUUUUCUGACAUUUGUGUGGACCAAGAAUUCGAGGAUUUGUACAAAAGCACCAAAGAAGCCUUCCCAAGCCUCCAAGUAAAACACGGCGGGAAAAUGAACGCUCCAUUUAAAAAGAGCUGAGAGUUACUCAAAAAACACAAUCUGGACACUCCAUCGGUAAUCAUAUAUAUACAGUUAAAGUCAAAAUGAUUAGCCCUCCUCUGAUUUUUUUUUUCCCAAAUGUUUAAUAGAGCAAGGAAUUUUUCACAGUAUUUCCUAUAAUAUUAUUUCUUCUGGAGAAAGUAUUAAUUGUUUUA